UUGCAUCUCCAAAAAAGUAGUUGUAGCCAGCCCAGCUACCGGAUCGUAUGGACGAUCGUGAGACUCAACAGAUUAAUGCUGAUUUCGGUUCUCGGCCAAGGGAGAAUCGGUCUCUUAUUUUUUUUAUAGCACCUUAUUAAUUAGCUGGAAUUGCUGUACACAAAUGCUCGGGGAUGCCUAGCAGGUUAUCGAGAUGAGCUGGUGAGCAGUUCGAUUCGAACGCUCGCUGACAAAGUUUGAUGAAACUUGUGUCUUCAUAGUGGCAUCCCCACGAGCUGCGAGGCAGGUUCAUGGCAGUGCGGGACCUGUGAACCCAAGUGGCACGAAAUUUUUAACGAAUUCCAGCAUCGGGGCUUCAUAUUCCGGACGUAUGGAACGUGAGUCGGCCCGUCUGAAGACCUAGCAAAUGAAAUGAAGAUAGUUGACGGUGUCCAUGACCAAUGGAGUGGUGCAGCGGUAGCGCCAUUGGCAGACCUUCAAUCCUGGGGCCAAUGUUAGGUGCUCACGGCAACUGCUGCCGAACAAUGUGAAGCUGAAUAUCUUCUUAAGUCCUCCGAGGAGGAUCUUCAGAGGACUUCGCAGAUUUCAUCUCUGGGUGGUGAGGAACUACAACUGGUCUUCGGGAGAAUGGAACGACCUGUUCAUGUCUAAACAAUUCUCUUCUUCGAUUCGCGGCCACAAACUUGGGAAGCUCCUUCUGCUGCGUCUAAAUCAAAAUGGAGCUCUCGAACUUUACGUUACCCACAAGCUUCGCUGGAUAUAUCGUCGGGGUUGGAAGAUCCCUUGUCGAUACUCUCGCGACAUCGGGUUUGUGGAUACAGAGGCCCCCGAGUAUAUGCAAGCGCGCAAGACAGAUCAGGGAUGUGACUCAUUACAUGACAGAGUUGUCUUUCGGGCCAAGGAUAGACCUCGCGACCUCGGGUUUAAAACUAAAUACCCUUCAAGCCGACGUCCGAGAUAUCGCUUGCGCGCAUCAUCUGACCAUAUUGUCAAUCAUAGUCUUAAGGGAUAUAAGGUGUUCGCAUCAGCUGGGGGCCUGGUAGUCUUUGGUGACAUGCAUUGCAACAGACAAUCGCUUCUCCCAACAUUCAUCGUCGCCAACCCUUUGACACGACAGUACCAUAAAUUGCCGACUUUGUACGGCGAUCUACAGCAAACCCAUAACUCACUUUCCUGCAACUUCCGUGCAUUAGAUCACAUGUUGUGUGGGAUCGAUGUAGAUCUCGGAACAGGGCACUACACUUUCAUAGUUGUUGAUACUCAUGAUGAGGAAAUUUACGAAGAUUUCAUGUCGGUGGAUACUCAUAUGGUCGGUGGAGAGGAACUUUACGAUGAACACCAAGUUUAUGUGUACGACUCCAGAUUCCAUUCAUGGCGAAGUCAUCAGAAAUUGCCCGAAUUUGUAAGGGGUACCAAUAUUUUCAUAGAGGAAGGGCCGGAUUGCGAUGAACACAAUAUUCCAUGCGUGACGAAGGAGGGAAAGUUUCACUGGAUAGUGACACGAAUGCUUGAAGGGUAUCCUCAGCAAUUCCUGUAUAUUUACGAUGUGAAGCUGGACGUUUGGAAUUUUGUGCCCUGUGAGCACAACCCGCUUUCCGAUUACGACCUGAUUUACAGAUGUGUGGAGCACAAAGGUCAGGUCGUAGUUCUUGCUUUUAAUCCUUCUCUCGGGCGUAUUCAUAGAUACCAAGUUGAGCAUACGGGAAUCAUGACAGAGAAUUUUAGUCCGUUUGGCCAAAGAACCUUCCAACUCCGAGAGGCGGAGCCCAUGCCCUCGAUGUAUGAUGAUAAUGAGUUCACUUCCUACAUAGACAGAGAUGGAUAUUAUGGAUUUCAUGAAGAUUGGCGAAGAAUAGAGAUCAGGGGGUUCGUGGGAGCUGGUGACGAAGUUAUUUAUUUUCUGCGUGAUUAUUAUCUGACGAAGCAGAUUUGGCGUACUCCGAUGUUGCGCUAUUCUGGUGUGGAUAAAUCUUGGAAGUGGAUGAGCAAAUGGGUGCCUGCGAAAUACGAUAAUUACCCACUUUGGCCUCGUUUAAUCUGGACUUUCCUACCGUCACUCGUCAGCCCUGGGUAGAUCGGGGGUAGGAUCAAGCAUCCAUAAGUCCGAUGGCGAGCACCUUGAGUUCUCGUAAGUAUAUGUUGACGAUGCACAGAACUGUGGGAGAUGCAAGUAUAAUCACACAAGACUGUUAAAUGUUGGUGCUUUGUGAGAAUGUGACACCUGAUGAGGUUGUAUCUAAAAAAGUCGAUAAAUGCCUGUGUUUUGAAUCUCCGAAACUUGUCGGUUUCAUCGGAUUCAGAAAAUAGUAUACUCUGUAUACGCAGAUUUCUUCAAGGCAGGCAGAAAAGUUUCUACCUGCCUUGAAGAAAUAUCGAUAUGAUUGAUCCAGAUGUGAUGUUCAC